UCCUCAGCCAGAAACCCUCCGCCUGCGCCCGCGCGGGAGGAGCGGGGCCUGUGACGGGAGCGGCGAUCCCAGCGGCCCCGGUCUCUUUCCCUGGCGGCGGCGGUGGCUUCUUCUGUGGGACAAUAUGUUCAAGAGAAUGGCCGAAUUUGGGCCUGACUCCGGCGGGAGAGUGAAGCCUUUAUGCUUGUUAGAAGUGAUGAGAAACAUGUCGAACGUACAUUUAAGAACUGAGCAUGGAAUGGAGCAAGCAUGUUUACCAAACUUCAGUCAUGGGGUUACUAUUGUUAAACCAAUAGUUUAUGGUAAUGUUGCUCGAUACUUUGGAAAGAAAAGAGAGGAAGAUGGACAUACCCAUCAGUGGACAGUAUAUGUAAAACCGUAUAGAAAUGAGGAUAUGUCAGCAUAUGUGAAGAAAAUCCAGUUUAAAUUACACGAAAGCUAUGGCAAUCCUUUAAGAGUUGUUACUAAGCCUCCAUAUGAAAUUACUGAAACGGGAUGGGGUGAAUUUGAAAUAAUCAUCAAAAUAUUUUUCAUUGACCCUAAUGAAAGACCUGUAACCCUGUAUCAUUUAUUAAAGCUGUUUCAAUCAGACACCAAUGCAAUGCUGGGAAAAAAGACAGUGGUUUCAGAGUUUUAUGAUGAAAUGAUAUUUCAAGACCCAACAGCAAUGAUGCAACAAUUAUUAACAACAUCUCGUCAGCUUACAUUAGGCGCCUAUAAGCAUGAAACAGAAUUUGCAGAACUUGAAGUGAAAACCAGAGAAAAAUUAGAAGCUGCCAAGAAAAAAACAAGCUUUGAAAUUGCAGAGCUUAAAGAGAGAUUAAAAGCAAGUCGUGAAACUAUAAAUUGUUUAAAAAAUGAAAUCAGGAAACUCGAAGAAGAUGAUCAGACAAAAGAGAUAUGAACAGUUCUGACGAGAACUCAGUAAUAAGCUGGACUGAAAAAAAGGUGGGCAUUAAUGGUGAAAUGGACUUAAUGCAAAUGCUAUUAUGUUUCUGAGAGGAACUGUAUAUAUAGUUGUUGACCAUGGAUAUCCCAGCAAUGAGUCAAAGUAUUUGUCCUAUUCAAGCAGUCUUUAAUGUGAAACAUAUGUGUGUAAUAUGAAUGGAUGCUGUAUAGGCAUUUUGCCAACCCAUUUUAGGGUAAUCCUAUGAUGUUAAGUACAGUUUUGAAAAUUUUUUUUAUUACAUUGUAUUUGUAGCUUAUCCUUGUGACAGACAUCAAAAUUUUAUUUCAAGUAUAACUUGUACAACUUUUGUACUUCUCCAGUAGCUAAAAUUAGUGCUAAAAUUGAUGUGUAUAUUUCUUAAAGUUCUUACUUGCCCCCUUCCUGCUUGUUUUGCAUAUGAUGUGCCCAGUAAGUGCUUAAUAAAUGUAGUCUAUAGAUCCUGUUUCUGCCUCUUGAUGUUUCUCUUCCUCUUUGAAGACUUCCUGAAGCUCCCUCUUUACUGUUAACGUAUCUCCAUAGUAUUGUCACCACACAUCUCUUAUUGGCACUCAUUGUAGAAUACAGAAGCUCUUUGAUGGCAAAGAUCACAUCUUAGGAAUUGUACUGACUAACUACCACAGGGCCCUUAUUCUUCAUACAGAAGAAGAUUCAAUCCCUCAUGAAUGUUCGAGAGACUCAUAGGAGGUAACUGUGCAUCAGCUUCACCUACCUCCCCUAAUAUCUCUACCUACUCCUUAGCCUCUCCUGGUCACAUCCACAUAGUGAGCCUUCUUCUAGUUUGAACAUUCAGUAAUACUUAAUUUUUAAGGGCAUGUUGGCUGAACCAUCUUUGGCAACCUAAAAACAAUAAUAGGUUGGAAAGUAUGUAAACAUGUAGCAUUAAUGUAAAUUACACAACUCCUAUAAAGUGGCAACUAUGCCUAAUGCAGGGAUUCUGUGUUCUCACUACAGUGGAAACUGCCCACUGUAGCACUUUACAAUACUUUUUAUCUUAUCUGCCCUGGUUGAUUGGUUACUUUUUACUUGAUUGCUUUUUUUUUUUAAGUUGUGGUAUUAGUAAACAUGGAAGUCAAGCAAAGUUCUCUGGUCUGAAAUUUCUAUCAGGGGUCCUACGGUAGAGUGGCACUUCUAGCUGUGCCAGGCAUCAUCCAGCUUUCCUCCAUCUGUUAGCUCAAUGCCAGCCAGGCCUAUUAGGAUGAGAUUCCCCACAGUAUAGGGUGGGGUCUGGGGAUUGAUCAGACAAAAACACUGAUCGGGGGGGAAAGUCCUAUUCCACUUGAGGAGC